AUGCUAUUAUCUGAAACCAAGGGUGACACAUCAUCAUUAGAUGCUGCCCCUCAUGAAUAUGAUGCUGUGACAGAGAAUUUUGGAAGCGUAUAUUCACGAAGAUCACCUAAUUAUAAAACAUCAGCGAGCAAAGGCGGAAAGCGAUUGCCAGAUUAUGCGUUCGAAAAAUCGGAAAUGGCUACAGAUAUUGAGUAUCUAAGGAAGCAACAAAGCUUAAAAAAUGAAAAGCGAGAUGAACUUGAAAAUGGAGGCCACGGAAAAAGAGCAAGAAGUUCAGCGAAAUGCCCACCAGAGUAUAUCGAACCCAAAGUACAAUCACCUCCUCGAGAUAUUAGAAAAAUACCUGAUUCCGAAAUACAAAAUAAAUCUUUACUUAAAAAGCCAGAACCAAAGUCGGUUCCUACCACUCCUAUGCUUGAUUCCAUAAAUACUUCAUCAAGGCCAAAGCCGAUUGUACAAUUUAAUGUGGCCCCACAAGCAGCAAGAGAUGUAUUUAGACCUCCUACUCCAAUUCCAUUUAUGCCUAGAGUUAAUUCAUUGCCAUAUGUAGGCGCUCCAGAUGAUCCAUUCGAUUUACCAAACGUUGAAGAUAACUAUAAUUUACAAACUUCCAUAGGAGAAGACGCAUUUGAUUUGUCAUACAGUAACACACCAAUAGUAUCUCGAUCUAACUCUAUUUCGCAAAAAUCAAUUCCACUAGAUUCGGAAUACCUUCCUCCAUUAGAAUUAAAUUACCCUCAAUAUCCUCGUGUUGAAUCUCCAUUAUCACCUAGAAGUUCUCCUUCAAUCAGAGAAAGGACACCAAUAGAUGAAUUAUUUCCAAUACGAAACAAAGCCCCUGUAUACAAAAGAACUUGGUUUAUUGUUAUUAUGAUUCUUGCAUUACUUUUGCUUAUUCUCUUUUUCUUGUAA